AUGCUUUCACAAAGUACUAGAGCUUUCAGGCAGAAUCUUCUACGUUUACGUCAGUAUGCGACAUCUGUGCCUACUGGAAAGUAUCCAGUAGGAUCUGAGAUUGCGAACUAUGUCGUGGAUAGGGUACAGCAAGUUCCCGAAUUCAAUAUGAUGGCUGUGGAAUUAACACACAAGAUCAGUGGAUCGAAGCACUUACAUAUUGAGAGACAGGAUAGAAAUAAUGUUUUUGGUGUUGUUGUUAAAACCAACUCUCCAGAUGACUCUGGACUUCCUCACAUGCUUGAGCACACAACCUUGUGUGGUUCCGAUAAAUUUCCAGUUAGAGACCCAUUUUUCAAGAUGCUUAAUCGUAGUUUGGCCAAUUUCAUGAAUGCCAUGACGGGACAUGAUUAUACCUACUUCCCAUUCGCAACUACAAACAAAGUUGAUUUUGAAAAUCUCAUGGAUGUUUACCUUGAUAGUGUUUUUCAUCCUCUUUUGAACCAUGAGGAUUUUCGUCAGGAAGGCUGGCGUCUAGAACAUACUGAUAUACAUGACAAGAAAUCACCACUGAAGUUCAAAGGUGUUGUUUACAACGAGAUGAAGGGACAAAUAUCUGAUCCCGCAUAUUACUUUUGGAUCAAUUUCCAGCAAAAUAUUUACCCAUCAUUGCAUAAUUCUGGUGGAAAUCCGGCCGAAAUUGUCAAUAGUUACUAUGAUGAUCUCUUAGAUUUUCAUUCCAGACAAUAUCACCCUUCUAAUUGCUGGACUUACACGUAUGGAAGUCUUCCGUUAGAAACAUCGCUCGGAAAAAUUGAUAAGGCAUUUGCAACAUUUGGUAAAAGAUAUCGUAAAAUGAUGGUUAAGAACCCAAUAAAACUUGAUGAAUGCAAGUAUGUGGAAAUUCCGGGACCAGUUGAUCCGAUGGUGCCUUCGGAAAAGCAGUAUAAAUCCUCUUUGACAUGGUAUGCCGGUAAACCUACGGAUAUCUAUGAAAGUUUCAAAAUAAAAAUAUUGUCUACUCUUCUCAUGGAUGGACACUCAUCACCAUUAUAUAAGGGUCUUAUUGAACAAGGUCUUGGCACGUCAUUUUCAGCAAAUUCUGGAAUGGAUGCAUUAGCUGCUGUUAACCUUUUUUCUGUUGGUCUAAAUGGAUUGACCAAAGAUCAAGCAGCAAAACUUGAAGAUACUGUACUUGACAUUUUAAAGCAAGUACAGCAAUCUGGUUUCCCUGAAAAUAGAGUCAAGGGUAUUUUGUAUCAGUUGGAUCUUGGCAGAAAGAUUGAGAAUGCCAAUUUCGGCUUGAACCUGUUGAGCGCUUUGGCUCCUGGACUAGUCGAUGGAAUUGACCCAUUAAGUGCCAUUAAGUGGAGUGGGGUGUUAGAUAAAUUUAGAAAAGAGUAUAAGGCGGAUGGCAACAAAGUAUUUGCUGAUCUGAUCCAGAAAUACAUGCUUGAAAGCCCAUACUUCAAAUAUACCAUGAGGCCAGAUGCAAAUGUUCCAGAGAGACUUGCACAAGCAGAAGAAAAAUCCCUUAAGGAAAGGGAAGAACGUAUGACUAGUGGAGAUAAAGAGAUAAUUUACAAUAAGGGUCUUGAGUUGGAAAAGUUCCAAAAGAACCAAAAGGAAGAUCUCUCUUGCCUUCCAACGCUUCAUAGUGGUGAUAUUGAACGUGAAGGGCACUUUCCUCGUAUCAAGGAAACAUUAAGACGCGGAUUGUCAGUGCAGUCCAGGAUUUCACCUAAAACAAAUGGUGUUACCUAUUUCCGCGCCCUAAAAUCGCUUUCUGUCAAGGAUAUUCCAGAAAAUCUUAUUAAAUACUUGCCAUUAUUUUCUACAUGUUUGACAAAUCUUGGUACCAAGGAUAAAUCAAUAUCAGAGAUUGAGGAUGAGGUUAAACUAUACACCGCUGGCCUUGGUUCAACAUCAUUUGCUCACUCAUCAGUUUUGGAUCCUAAUGAUGUAUUAUUAAAAUUCACCAUUGACAGUGCAUGCUUGGAUAAAAAUACUCCAAAAAUGCUUUCAAUCUGGGAGAACUUACUUCUCGAAACCAACUUCAGGAAUAUUGAAAAAUUGAAAACAUUGGUGAAAUCACUUGUUAGUGAUAAUAUCAGUGCCAUUGUUUCUAGUGGCCACAGUUUUGCGUCAUCGUACGCUAGCUCGAAACUCACUUCCUUGGGAAAUGUUCAGGAAUCUUUGACUGGUAUUAAGCAGGUGAAAUUUUUAAAUAGUCUCUCGUCAAUAAUGGAAAACGGUGAUAUCGAGAAGGAUGUUGUUCCAAAGCUUGAAGAGAUUGCAGCACACGUGAGAAAUGCUUCAAAUUUCAAGUAUGCGAUAACCUGUGGAAGAGAAGCUUCGAAGGAUAAUGAAAAGGAUAUUCGCAGGUUUGAUAAGACAAUUUCUAGCAACAAAAAGUUUGAGCUCACUCCUUAUGAGGCAAGUCAUUCGAAAGAUCCAGAGCUACCUUUGAAAAAUUCGUUCGUUGAAAUUCCAAGUCAGACGAACUUUGCAUCCUCUGUCCUUAGGGGUAGUGAUUAUUGCUCAAAGGAUGCCGCAUCACUACAACUUCUUUCACAACUUCUAACCUUUAAAUAUUUACACAAGAACAUUCGGGAACAGGGAGGUGCAUACGGUGGUGGAGCAAGCUACGAUGCUUUGAAUGGAUUGUUCUCAUUCUAUUCUUACAGAGAUCCUAAACCAUUUGAGUCAGAAAAUAAGUUUGUUGCAUCAACCGAAUUUAUUAUGGAUAAUAUUUCAACUGGUGAAAUUACGAAUCAAGACCUUGAACAAGCAAAGUUAACUAUAUUCCAAAAAAUCGAUGCUCCGGAAGCUGUUGGUGAGGAAGGUCUACCAUAUUUCAACUUUGAUGUUGAUGAUGAUGCUAGGCAAGAAAGAAGAGAAAAUCUUCUCGAUUGCUCUCUAGCAGACAUUCAGAAUGUGGCAAACGAGUAUUUUGCAUCUGAUAAGGGAAGGGCAAAUGUCAUUAUCGGAAGUGCUGACGCAAAAGCAUCAUCAGAAAACCAAAAGGAUUGGGAAUUCAGUAAGCUAUGA